AUGGAUCGCGUUUGCUUCUACAGCCUUGUCUCGGGAGAGGAGCAGUCGCGCAUGGACAGGGCUGAGCUUCGCGCAGCUGCCACAUGCCUAGAGGGGGUGCGGAAACACUUUCACGAGCAUCAUGGCCACCCGUUCUUCGCCGUUAAAGUCUUCAGGUCACCAACAGAUGUGGCAGUGAUUCCAAGGCAGCAGACCUUUGAGGAACUUGGGGAGUGUGACAGUCUCUUUGUCCUUGUGGCAACCCUGGACAAGGAGGAUCCUCGGCAGCUUUUCGCGAUUGCGGAUGCCAGGGAUGAGAACGUGGCUGCUCUGGAGGAGGUGCUCGAGGAGGUCGAUGCAGAUGUGCGUGACUCGCAUGGCGAGACGGCGGCCUGCAAAGUCUGCAGGCAGGGGCAUCUGGGCAUGUUGCGCAGCUUGCACCUGGCCAAUGCCGACUUCACUCUUGGCCCAAGAGGCGCCACCCCGCUCUUGCUGUCUUGUCAAGAAGGGCACCUAGCAUGUGCCAGAUUUCUCCUAGGCACUGGCCGGCUGGUGCUCAACUUGUUGGAGGUGCGUGACAGGGAAUCUGACACCCCGCUCACCAAAGCCGCGCGCUUUGGCCACACGCCAUGCGUCGAGCUUCUCGUGGCCAGCCGAGCUGACAUUGAGGCAAAGGGCAGAUACGGCAACACCGCCAUCAUUGUUGCAGCAAAGCACGGCCACGCGGAUUGCGUCAGGUUCUUGCUGGACCAAGGAGCCGUUAAGGAUGCGCAGGCCAAUGACCUGAACACAAGCCUCAUCCUUGCGGCUGACAGGGGCCACCCCAAGUCCGUAGAGAUUUUGUUGUCCGCUGGCGCAGACAAAGACAUUGAAGCCAACAAUGGGAGGACAGCACUCGACUGCGCAAGUGGCAUGGCUGCGCGACGUUCCGAUGUGGAGGGAUAUGCUGAAUGCGCCAGGCUUCUCGAGGCAGCUAAGGGAGGCAACAGCCGACAACUGCUGCAAGGCGCAGAACUGGGCAGGCCCAGUGUUGUCCGUGCAGCCUUGGCCGCAGGUGUAAGUUUAGAGGUGAAGAACCGAUACGGCAAGACAGCGCUCAUGCUGGCGGCAGAGAAGGGCCAUGUGGAGUGCCUUCAGCUCCUGCUCGCCCGCGGAGCCAACAAGGAUGCCCAGAGCAACGAUGACGACUCUGCGCUCAGCCUCGCGUCCACACAUGGACAUGCGGAGUGCUUGGCCCUUCUAAGGGCACACGGAGCCUGA